UUGUUUAAAAUAACGGAUCAAGUAAUAAGCAGUAAGCGUGUCAAGAUUGGGCGCUUGAAAAAUAGUUCCUUAAUAGCAAACACUUUAUUUAAGAUAAAUAUGAACAUUUUCAGUUUUUUAAUAUCAUUUGUUUUUUUAAAAGUGUCCACUUACAAUAUAAUAAAUUAUAUGCAGGAUCUUGUCAUUACAAAUGAAUACAUCGAGGUUGCUUAUAGUAUGAAUAAUAUUACUACAAAAGAUAAUGUUGUUGUAGCAAAUGGAUUGGAGCAUGUAAUUAAACAAAUUGUAAAGAAAAGUCAACAAGGAAGUUUAGGAGUUUUGAAUAACAUGUUCACUCAACCCGAUUAUCGACUCGAUAACGACUGGAACGUAUGUAAGGAAAAACAAACAGCUUUGCGAGAUGAAAUACAAAAUGAAUUGGAGAUUGCUGUUCCUCAAAUUGAAGACAAAAAUUUUAGAAAAUUCAAUUUGAAAAGCCUUGCAGCCAAAAGAAGAAGUACUACUACAAAAGCUUUAAAAAAUAUUUUGGACCGGGCAAUAAAUUACGAUACGUUCAAUCUCAUCCACGAGAGUAUACUUCUUGAUACAGAAGCGUUUGAAAAUAGAAUUACCCAAACAUUAGCUGGACCUGAAGAGGAAAUAUCUUUACUAAUGAUGUGUCAUUUGAUAGCAUUGUUCAUGAACACAAAAUCGUGUGAUUGUUCAUGGUUUUAUAUAAAAGAAACUGAGGCUCACUCUGAUGAUACUUGUUACAUGUUGUACAAUGAUGGCUCUACAACGAAAACAUACAGAAAAAUCGAGGGCCAGUGGUGUGAAGUCAACAUCCAUACUAAUUUUUUACAACCGCUUAAGGAACAGUUAUUAUAAUUAUAUAAUUAUUUAGAUUUUGUUUUAUUUAAAUAAUAUUUGCGUUUUUCCCUAUUAUCUAAGUUGUUAAAUUACAAUUUAACGUAAUUCAUAAUUAACAGUUUUACUCACAGUAAUAAUCACAUUAAGCAUUUAUUAAAAUAGUAGUUAAUCUAAUCAUCCUUUGCCUUUUUUCAUCAUUAUCUAUUUCUAGUAGUUUUUAGGUCAUUCAAAACUACAUCUAUCUAACAGCUAACUCUUUCAGGAUGAUUACCAUACGUUGAGUCCUUUUCCUCCCUAACUAAGAAGUACCUUCUUUUCAAAUUUGGUGUUAUUCUCGAUUUUGAAGGGGAAGGGGUAAAUAUUUUAACAUUUUUAAUUAUCAUCCAAUACCAUGCAAAACUCAUUUUAACAAAUUUGGCAGUUCGUUACAAUUUAUUCCCAACUCCAGCUUCAACUCCAACAACCUGAAGAGGAAAUAUCUUUAUGGAUGUGUAAUUUAAUAGCAUUGUUCAUGAGUAAAAAAUUUCCAGUGUCAUGUAUAAAGAGUUUUCAGUCUAACUCUAAUGAUACUUUUAUUCUAAAUAAUGGCUCAACAAAGGAAACAUACAGAAAAAUUGAAGGCCAAUGGCGCGAAGUUAUUAUAAUUAUUU